GGGGGAAGGGGCGCCGGAGGGGAGGAGAGUGUGGACCCGUGAGCAGGAAGCGGGAGGAGAAGCGGAAGGGAGCUCAGGGUCGGAAUGGAAAGGGCCGAAAGGGAAAAGAACUGGCCCAGGCAGAGACGCCGGCGAGCGGGGUGUGGGGGAGGUUAGGGGCAGCGAGCGCAGAGACCCUUAGGGACCCGCUGGGGAGGACUCGUGGUUCCGGGAGAGAAACCGCGCCGCAGUCGGUGGGGUGGAUGAGAGGGACGGAAGGGAGGUCCGGGACGAACUCCUGGCGAAGAACCGAAAAGGAGGCGGCUGGCAGAGGUGCGCGAGCGCCAAGUUCGGAAACUGGAGACGAGGGGCAGAGCGGUCCCUCACUAAGGCCCUGGGGGAAGAGCGCAUCCGAGUGAAGCCGGCGGUGGGGAUUGGCGCGCGAACCCCAAGGGAGGAGAUGAGGCUGGAGGAGCGGUCGAGAGAGUACUCCUGAAAGGACUGUAACUACCCCUGUGGCUCAUCACCAUGCCUUCCGACCUGGCCAAGAAGAAGGCAGCCAAAAAGAAGGAGGCUGCCAAAGCCCGACAGCGACCCAGAAAGGGACAUGAAGAAAAUGGAGAUGCUGUCACAGAACCUCAGGUGGCAGAAGAGAAAAUCGAGGAGGCCAAUGGCAGAGAGACCACAGGAGAUGGAGAAGUAGAUUUGCUGACCAAGGAGCUGGAGGACUUUGAGAUGAAGAAAGCUGCUGCUCGAGCUGUCACCGGUGUCCUGGCUUCUCACCCCAACAGUACUGAUGUCCACAUUAUCAACCUCUCCCUUACCUUUCAUGGUCAAGAGCUGCUCAGCGACACCAAACUGGAAUUAAACUCAGGCCGGCGCUAUGGCCUCAUUGGCUUAAAUGGAAUUGGAAAGUCCAUGCUGCUCUCGGCUAUUGGGAAACGUGAAGUGCCCAUCCCAGAGCACAUCGACAUCUACCAUCUGACUCGUGAGAUGCCUCCUAGCGAAAAAACACCCUUGCAGUGUGUGAUGGAGGUGGACACAGAGCGGGCCAUGCUGGAGAGAGAGGCUGAGCGGUUAGCACAUGAGGAUGCGGAGUGUGAAAAGCUCAUGGAGCUCUAUGAACGGCUGGAAGAGCUGGAUGCUGACAAAGCUGAGAUGAGGGCCUCAAGGAUCUUACAUGGAUUGGGCUUCACACCUGCUAUGCAGCGCAAGAAGCUGAAAGACUUCAGUGGUGGCUGGCGGAUGAGAGUUGCUCUUGCUAGAGCCCUCUUUAUUCGGCCCUUCAUGCUGCUUCUGGACGAGCCUACCAACCACCUGGACCUCGAUGCUUGUGUGUGGCUGGAAGAGGAACUUAAGACUUUCAAGCGCAUCCUGGUCCUGGUGUCCCAUUCCCAGGACUUCCUGAAUGGGGUCUGUACCAAUAUCAUCCAUAUGCACAACAAGAAACUCAAGUAUUACACGGGUAAUUAUGAUCAGUAUGUGAAGACACGGCUGGAGUUGGAAGAGAACCAGAUGAAGAGGUUUCACUGGGAGCAGGACCAGAUCGCACACAUGAAGAACUACAUUGCCAGGUUUGGCCAUGGCAGUGCCAAGCUGGCCCGGCAGGCCCAAAGCAAAGAGAAAACACUACAGAAAAUGAUGGCAUCCGGACUGACAGAAAGGGUUGUGAGUGACAAGACGCUGUCAUUUUAUUUCCCACCGUGCGGUAAGAUCCCACCACCUGUCAUUAUGGUGCAGAACGUGAGCUUCAAAUAUACGAAAGACGGGCCUUGCAUCUACAAUAAUCUAGAAUUUGGUAUUGAUCUUGACACACGAGUGGCUCUGGUAGGACCCAAUGGAGCAGGGAAGUCCACUCUGCUGAAGCUGCUAACCGGAGAGCUUCUGCCUACAGAUGGAAUGAUCCGGAAGCAUUCUCAUGUCAAGAUAGGGCGUUACCAUCAGCACUUACAGGAGCAGCUGGACCUUGACCUUUCACCAUUGGAAUACAUGAUGAAGUGCUAUCCAGAGAUCAAGGAGAAGGAGGAGAUGAGGAAGAUCAUUGGGAGAUACGGCCUCACUGGGAAACAGCAGGUGAGCCCAAUCCGGAACCUGUCGGAUGGGCAGAAGUGCCGAGUGUGCCUGGCCUGGCUGGCCUGGCAGAACCCUCACAUGCUCUUUCUGGACGAGCCUACCAAUCACCUGGACAUCGAGACCAUUGAUGCUCUGGCAGAUGCCAUCAAUGAGUUUGAGGGUGGAAUGAUGCUAGUCAGCCAUGACUUCAGACUCAUCCAGCAGGUUGCACAGGAGAUUUGGGUCUGUGAGAAACAGACAAUCACCAAGUGGCCUGGAGACAUCCUGGCCUACAAGGAGCACCUCAAGUCCAAGCUGGUAGAUGAGGAGCCCCAGCUCACCAAGAGGACCCACAAUGUGUGAGCCCUCAGCCAGGCUUGGGUCAGGAAUGCCACCUGGAGACUGCCAGCUGACACCUGACCAGCCACUCAGGACAGGACCCUGGGGCUGCACUCCUGCACUGCUGCAAUACUGCCCUCAGCCUCUCCCCUCAGCCUGCCUUCGCUGCAUCAUAUCUCCAGCUGGACAGCACCUGUCCGUUUUCCCACCCUCCUUCCAUUUGGGUCUGUCUGUCUGGACUCGGCUGGCUGUUCUCUCCAGACCCUUGCUGGUUACCUUGCCCUGAAAGAUGCAGCCAGGGGUACCUGGGUUAACCCAAGGGCCCAAGCCCUGGUCUGGCCCUGGAAGGAUUCAAGAGCCUCAUUUUAUGGGUUUCGGUGAUGUUGGAGAAAUACUGCCAGCCCAUCAACCCCGUUCCUUAUUGCUUCUGGUUUGGAGCUCUGGGCCAGGGCCUAGUCCUGGUCAGUAUUUUAAUAAUUAUUUAACAGUGUAGAUCUAUGUGUCAUCUACCAAGUGUCCAAUAAAAGAGGAAGCUACAGACCCCCUCC